CGCGCGGAAUUUGAAAACGUUCGACGAUCGGCGAGACAGCGCGAGGUCUGCGUCGAUCCGUCGAAGUAUCAGCUGUGGUUCCCGUGGUCUCCGUAUCCAUCGAGAAAGUCUGCGCGAGGAACUCUCCGCAUCGGCCUGUGAGCACCCUGAGCCAUUGACCUGAAAUCGUUCCGUGCGCUCAAUACUGUCUUGAAUCGGCGACCAGGGGUCUGAGCUGUUCUGACUCCCGCGCGAUCAAGUCGGUGACGAAUUCCUCUCGGACCUAUGCAACAUCGGUUGAGCCGACCUUUCGAACUUCAAUGUACCGAAUUUCCAUUCUGAUCACCGAGUCGUUCCAAGACGAAUCCAGAUGAUGGCGGCCUCACUCCCUGUCCUAGCUUCACGGAGUAUAUUAUCGAGCCUUCCAUCGGUCUCAGCGGCUUUUGCCUAUGGAAGUGCAGCUUUCAAGCAAGCCAACAAUUAUUCGAGGGACAACAUGCUUGACCUGAUCCUCGUCGUAGAUAAUCCAAAGGAGUUCCAUUCGGAGAAUUUGCAGAGGAAUCCCCACCAUUAUUCAUUCGUCAGAGUCUUCGGUCCCGCCUUUAUAUCGCGACUAAACGACGCCCCCGCAUACGUCUAUUACAACACAGCUGUCCGGAUCGAUGAGCAACUUUUGAAGUACGGAGUCAUUUCGAAAGAUCGACUUAUCUCGGACCUAUUGGACUGGGACGUGUUGUAUACAGCUGGCCGGAUGCACAAGCCGAUAAAUUACAUCACGGAUGUGGACACCGAGAUGAGCAUGGCCCAAGACAUGAAUCUGAGGAGCGCGCUGCACACCGCUCUGCUCACUCUGCCUGAGACGUUCUCCUUGCAAGAUCUUUUCAUCAGAAUCACACGACUUUCCUACGAUGGGGACUUCCGCAUGCUGUUCGGGGAGGACAAGAACAAGGUAGCAAACAUCGUGAAACCUGCUAUGAGGGAGUUCGAAGACAUCUACUCUCCGUUCCUGACCUCGAUGACCACGGUGGAGUGGUCCCCGGGUUCUUCUCAAGUGCAUCAGGACCUCUCCCAGGCAGCUAGAUUGCACCACCUCGAGCUUUUGCCAAAAUCGGUCCAGCAUCAACUCCUCACUAAAUGGCGACCUGGCGAUAAUCGGCACAAGGACGUAGAAGAUGUACUCAAGUCUAUUGCGCGGAAUCCAUCAUCACUCUGCGCCGACAUCGUUCACAGAAGCGUCCGCUCCAUCGUGAGAGGUCCGGCACUUGGACAAAGUCUCAAGGGUCUGCUGACGUCUGGACCAAUCAUCGCGACGGAGUACGUUAUGAAGAAGAUCGGGAAGAUGAUUUCUAGUCAGAGGAGGAAGUCGUGAAGAUGAAUUAUGAAUGUCGUUAGAGGAAUUUCUUACUGCAAUCAUUCGAGUCAUAGGCUGGACGCUCUGAGACAAGACUCAGACCAACAAAUAAAGGCUUCUGCAC